GAGCCAUUCAGAGUCUGCAUAGCAGACUACGUAUAAUCUGGAGAGAUUGAACAGCGCCAUCAUAUUCAACAACAACUUUCAAGGAUUUUUUUUUUUACCUCACGCACCGGCACCAUUCGUAGGGCUGAGUUGCUCUGAUCCGGUUAACAUGGCGAAAACACGGGAACUCUCGACAGUUUUGGGACUGGGAUUCAUUUUCCUGACCGCCAUUUGUACAUCUGUUGAAGCCGAUGGACAAGUAAUGAGCGCCAGAGUUGAGAGCUGCAGUGGAUGACGUUUGAAUAGGCUUCCAGAAGUGAAGCGUUUCAUCCAUGAAGACGUCCCAUAUUAUCAUAAUGUAAUGUUCAAGCCAGUUCCUGGGGCAAAUCCAGAUCUACUCCUUCUUGAUGAGUCAGGCAGUAUAUUACAGAGGAUUGACCUGUCCAAGAUGAAGCAGAUCGAACUGAAUAAAAUGAUGACAGAAGAACUGGGAUUCUAUAGGAAAGCCAACAUUGCAGAAGAUGUUCCUGAAGAAUAUUCCUCUGGCCCUUAUUCCAUCAAGAGAGAACUUUAAUUCUUCAUAACUAAUUUGUGUGUUUCAUAAUACAUGCAUGUAAGUUGUGCCUUAAUUGUGAUGUUACCCCUUCAUUGUAAUCAUGAGAUAUUAGUAGACCCUGAUGAGCUGAACACCAUGCAUCAAGCUCAGUCACAGUGUUAGCAUUUAAAAUUGGUUUCAAACUUAAUAUAAAUAGUAUCUUGGAAUUACACUUGUAUAGUAAUUCUACUGAUUAGUCCUUAUUCUUCCAUACAAGGGAUUCAUCUCUCAGUUAAACAUGUCUAAUUUUGUAUUUGGAAAAGUUGUCGACCCACAUUCCUGUUAUAAUAAUGAAUGUUGGUAAUGCAUGUAUUAUGAAAUGUACAAAUUGGUUACAUGACAUUUGUUCCUCUGAUUAAUAAUGGUGCUAUCAUAGAUUUGUCGAGUCCUAAUUGUUGAGGUUUUGAUAUAGAUUCAGGUUUUGCAAUUAAAUACAAUUUGAAUCUGAUAUGCUACAUAGUGCAAUCACAACAAGCGUACCAACUUCCAGACGGAUCAAAACUAUUAUAUGACAUACAAUCAGUUUAUUAGAAGACAGUUUUGUUUUGUUACUGUGGCAUGAAAUAUGUUUUUAGUACAUGUAGUUCUCAUGUGGGGUUUAUUAAAGUACAGUCUUUACAUGUGAUUUCUUUGCCUGAGGAACAAAUGUCAUAGUAUUCUCAUUGCUUUCCAAGUAAUAACAUUCUAAUGUGGAGAAUUAUUGAACAUUGAGAGGGAGAGAGCAAGGGAGAGGUUUCUUGUGAAAAGUCAAUGAUUUUACCAUUCUGCAAAAUAUAUUUGAAUAUGUAUAUGAUCCUCUUCUAUUGUGUAGUCUAUUUGUCAAUCUUUAAAUUGCAAUUGGUGCCUAACAGCAUGGACCUGCAUGGAGAGCCAGGGAAAUAUUGAUUUUAUCCAAGCAACAUUUCAAUCACUGCUUUUGAUUAUUUUGUACUUUUCUUCAAAGGUUUGAAGUGAAAAGCAAAGUCUACUUUGAAAAUCAUGCAAAUUGUGAAUUAUUUAUUGGUGACUUGUGUGCUUCAUUUAAUUCUUGCAAGUAGUAAGAUAUGGAAGCUGGAAGUAUGAAUUAGUAAGAAUUUGUGAACUUGGACAGCUUAAAUCUGUAUUGUCAACUGUCUACCCAUAAAAUUUAUUUGUUGACUUGUGAUGUGCUGUAACUGGGACAGUUUAAAUUUGUACUGUCAACCUACUGCCUGCAUAGCUCCUGUUUUUCUGUGGCCCCUGUUGAGUUUAUUUUUAAUUCUAAUUUUAAUGUUUAAAAUAGUUGCCUAUGUGAUAUUGAAAAUUUUGCAUUGUAUUUUUACCAUGAUUGUGUAUUAUGUGGCUACAUGGCACAAUUGAUCCCCUCUACCCCUAUCUCUCUCUCUCUCUGAUUUUCUUUAUUCCCAUACAAGUGCUUUGAUAUUUAGUUGAUCAUUUCAAACAUUGUAUAAGCCAACAAUGAUAUCUAGCUAAACCUGCUAUGAUGAUGCUAGUGGCACAAACUUUUCUCAAAAGUUGUCUCUGGUUGAUGGAAACUAUUUCAGAUAGGUUAUCUAGAUAUUUUUGGAUUGUCUUCAUUGUUUGGAAUGCAUUUUAUUUGAUUAUAUAUAAUUUGUAUUAGAUUAUGAAGUAAGAAAUAUUGAAUAGAUAAAUGGAACUUGCUUCAACAUAGGCAAAUUGAUUAUGCUAUGAAUUAUAAAUGUAUUAGAUAAUGAUUUGAACAAUACAUAAUGCCAGUUUCAUGUAUAUAAACAGAAUAAAAUAAAUGACUCUAAAUUGACAGAA